AUGGUAGACUUGUCCUUUCGAAGGGCCCUUUGGCUCCUCGUCUGGUCGCUGCUCUGGUCUCUCAGUCUUCAGGAUGACACUUACACUUUCACAAACCCGCCUCCUGACAGCUCCCAGAUAUCCAAUCCCUCCUACGUCGUUGGGAGCGAUAUCGACAUUGAGUGGGUCGGAGGAAACGACUUUGUGUCUGUCCGCCUCGUGCACGUCUUGCCCAACGACAACUAUGACGAGUUUACCUAUGUCUUCCGAAACGUCACCAAUUUGGGUGGACAUUACACCUGGGCGAUCGACCUGGGCGGCAUGAACCUCACGAGUUCAGCAGAAUUCUUCUUCAACAUCUUUGUCGAAGGAGAAACGUCACCGCGUGCAAUUACUCAUUACUUCAACUUGACGCAAGCCGUGACGAGUACCACCGCGCCUGCUUCUACUAGUUUUACCACGUCUGCAUCGACUUCUUCUUCGACCAUUUCUACCACAUCGAGCUUCACCCAUUCAACGACCAGUGCUGCGACUGCGACCAACACCGUCGUUCCUUCAAGCGGUGGACUGAGUACUGGGGCCAAGGCUGGUAUUGGUGUUGGGGUCGCAGUCGGAGUCAUCGUUCUCCUCGCUGCAGCAGCAUUCUGGUGGCGAUCACAACGUGGAAAAAAUGGUGCUGGUGGUCCAACAGGAGGAGCAGAGAGUGGUCAAGCCACUGGCCCGCCAUACCAGCCCGUCAACCAACAACCGCCAUAUGAAUACUAUAAAGCCCCUGGCGCGCCGUCAGAGGUACCGGGCGACUACACCGCGUCCGAAUUGGCUGGCUCUGCACCCGAGGCACUUGAGAUGGCAGAUACUUCCAGAACACAUCAUUAA